AUGACCGAAGAGCAGGUCGACGGGAUAAGGUCUCGGCUCAGUGCCAUUGUCACCAACCAUCAGACAUGCUAUGACGGCCUAGUGGUGGCGAAGAGCGGAAUUCUGCGGUCGCGGCUUGACGGAACGGAGGCGGCGCUGUCGGCUCCGGAGAUAUUCAAUGUACGGAGGCUGUACAGCGUGUCUUCAGGAUUGGUGACUCAAGCGCUGAUCUCUACGAAUUCGACACACCACAGACACCAUCAUCACCAUCAUCAUCACCAUCAACACCAUCAUAACCACCGCAAGAGAGAUAAUGUCAAAGGCGGCGGACUUCCUCCGGCCACCCCGCCAAGCCAGAAUGUUAAAGGCGGCUCCGGCAACAGACUUCCUCCCGCUGCGGUCGCCCCCGUAAACCUCCACCGGCAGCCAUUGGAGCAGUUCAUCAAGGCUUUAAAGUCGACCAAUUGCAAUUCAUCAUCAUCAAAAUCAUGUCCAAGGGAAGGACAGAUUCAGUUAGGAAUGGAAGGGAGUGGAAUUCUGAUACGCGACAUUGUGAUCGUCAGCAAAGAUGGCACCGGAAAUUUUACAACCAUAAGAGACGCCGUCGCAAAUUUACCUAAUAAUACGAGGCCAGAAGAUGGGUAUUUUGUGAUAUAUGUCAAACAAGGCAUAUACGAAGAAAUUAUUGACAUCUCACGUUAUAAGAAGAAUAUAAUGUUGCUCGGAGAUGGCAUCAAUAGAACUGUCAUUACUGGAAACCUCAAUGCCGGUGAUGGGCAAUUGCAUACUUUCUAUACUGCAACAUUUGCGGUUUCUGGAGACCGAUUCAUCGCAAUUGACAUCACAUUUCGAAAUACCGCUGGUCCAACGAAGGGCCAAGCCGUCGCUGUCCGGAACCAAGCCGACCUCUCAGCAUUCUACCGGUGCAGCCUUGAGGGUUACCAAGACACUCUCUACGCUCACUCCCGCCGACAAUUCUACCGCGAAUGCGACAUCUACGGCAACGUCGACUUCAUCUUCGGCGACGCCGCUGCCGUCUUCCAGAACUGCAACAUUUUCGUCCGAAAUACGAGGAACCACAAAACGAAUUACAUCACUGCGCAGGGCCGGGAAGACCCUGACAGUAACACCGGCAUCUCGAUCCACAACUGCACCGUCGACGUAGCGCCGGACAGCGCUACCAGUCGUCGAACCCGAACCUACUUGGGACGGCCAUGGCAGUUGUAUUCUAGGACUGUUUACAUGCAGUCUUACAUUGGGAGCUUGGUAGCCCCGGCUGGAUGGUCCAAGUGGAACAAUGGUAACACAGGAUUGGAUACUCUUUACUAUGGAGAGUUUGAGAAUUAUGGUCCUGGUGCUAAUACCAGGAGGAGAGUUCGGUGGCCUGGUUUUUCUUUGAUGAGUGAUUCGGAGGCUUUGAAUUUCACCGUCUCUAAUUUUACUACCGGAUGGUCUUGGUUGCCAGACACGGAUAUACCUUUCUCUGCAGGAUUGAUUGAGACUACUUAG